CAUGAUAUCUUUCUAGCUUCAUUGACUGUGUUUAGAGUUUACAUUUCCUUGUCCAAUGAACUGUGAGGUUAAAAUAAUUCAACUGUCUACCAAUGCCGAUGACUUCUAUGCCUACUUACAAUUAUCAUUCCCUGGUCGCCGGUUUACCUGGGCAGGGGUCCCUGGGUAAGAAACGUUUUAAAACCCCUAACCGAGCCCCGAGCCAAAUGGCCUAUCCUUGCCAGAGAGCAUUAGCUUAAAUUCAUUGUCGAUCUAAUAAUUGAAAACUGAAUCGACCCCAACACUGUAACACUGCUUGCGCGUCUUAUAUUAUAACAUCGCAAGGCGAAAGGUUACAAUUUGUGGUAUAUUUUCUUGUAGGCCAAAUGUGAGCAGUAACAAAAGCGCGGGAGGAAACGGAUAGCAUGCACCUGUCUCGGCUGUUUCCCUGUUAUGUGCAGUCCAUCGGUCCGGUUUGGUAGGGUGUGUACUAUCCGGGAUCCUUGGGACUUCUCUACCCACUUGAAGUUGACAUUUAAAAUGGUUAAGGUUAGGUAAGGGUUAGGGUACGGUACUGUCCUGUCUGGAUAGCGCGUGUCGGUUUGCUCUUGGUUUGUUUUUCAAAUAUCACAUAGGCUAGUGGUGAUUCUAUUUAAUAUGAUAUCGGUUUGGUAAACCUUUAGAAGCCGAUGUAGGCUAACGGUAGCGACUUACAAAUGCUGCCUAAAUUAAGCAGAAUCCAUUGCCAUUAGUGGAAACCAAGACUGUUCUCAGGGAAGGCCUGGUUGUAGCUAGAUAUUUUCGAUUUGCGUCAGGGACAAUUUUUGCAUUUGAGCUAACCCUUUUCCUAGCCUUAAUCGAAUUAUCCUAACCUGUCACGUUCAUCCUAACCUAAAUGUGGCGCCAUGUCGAUGGACGUUAGGUUAACUCGUUGACUGACAUUUCCUACAGAGUGAAAAAUGUGUUAGGGCAGGCGAUUUACGUCAACAAGUAAGUAAGCAAUAAUGGACCAAGCAACCACAAGUUGUACCACUAGUAUCUGAAGUGUUCCUCAUGAGGAGGGCUACAACGAAACGGUCCCUAGCCCUGGGGCAGCAGUACUCGUCUCUGGGCUCCCAACCCAUUCUGUGCGGCUCCAUCCCUGGCCUGGUGCCCAAGCAGCUGCGCUUCUGUCGCAACUACAUCGAGAUCAUGCCCAGCGUGGCUGAGGGCGUGAAGCUGGGCAUCCAGGAGUGCCAGCACCAGUUCAGGGGCCGGCGUUGGAACUGUACCACCAUCAAGGACAACUUAGCCAUCUUCGGCCCUGUGCUGGACAAAGCGACCAGAGAGUCGGCGUUUGUCCACGCCGUCGCCUCAGCAGGGGUGGCGUUUGCUGUGACUCGGUCCUGCGCCGAGGGCACGUCCACCAUGUGUGGCUGUGACUCCCACCACAAGGGUCCCCCGGGGGAGGGCUGGAAGUGGGGCGGCUGCAGCGAGGACGCUGAGUUCGGGGUGCUGGUGUCCAGAGAGUUUGCCGAUGCCAGAGAGAACCGCCCUGACGCGCGCUCUGCUAUGAAUCGGCACAACAACGAAGCAGGACGCACGACCAUCCUGGACCACAUGCACCUGCGCUGUAAAUGCCAUGGCCUGUCGGGCAGCUGUGAGGUGAAAACAUGCUGGUGGGCGCAGCCCGACUUCCGCAUGCUGGGCGACUACCUGAAGGACAAGUACGACAGCGCCUCGGAGAUGGUGGUGGAGAAGCACCGCGAGUCGCGCGGCUGGGUGGAGACGCUGCGUGCCAAGUACGCCUUCUUCAAGCACCCCACGGAGCGCGACCUGGUCUACUACGAGGGCUCACCCAACUUCUGCGAGCCCAACCCGGAGACGGGCUCAUUCGGCACGCGCGACCGCUCCUGCAAUGUGUCCUCGCACGGCAUCGAGGGCUGCGACCUGCUCUGCUGCGGCAGGGGCCACAACACUCGGACUGAGAAGCGCAAGGAGAAGUGCCACUGCAUCUUCCACUGGUGCUGCUACGUCAGCUGCCAGGAGUGUGUGCGCGUCUACGAUGUGCACACGUGCAAGUGAGAGCCUGUGCGCUCGCUCGGACAGAAUGAUGGACCACAGCGGCCAUCGCAGACACACUGCAGUCAUCGCAUGCAUACAGACUUAAGUACAGACAGACACCAAUGGGGAAUGGCAUUUCUGUACUGGAACUCUAUACUUCUGGACCCUUGUAAUACAAAUGUCCCUCAUAUCCUUCUUCCAAGCCCUGCAUCCUCCAUAUGGGAUGGCCACAUUUCCACUGGAACAAUCUCAGUCAGUUUGACCAGUUCCCAUUCCUGCAGUAUUGGGCCAUGACCCCUUCUUUAUUUAUUCCCCCCCCACACACACACACACACGGCUGUGGUACCGAACGUGAAAUCAUUGCAGUAACCGAUGACUUUCCAGACCAUUGCUAUCGAAUGGACAUCUUUUUAACUAACACCUGAUUUCACCAGUCAAUCACCUGGCUGGUCAACUAAAGCAGUUCCCCAACGUCACUCCUCAAUCCAAACAGUACUGAACACACGGCGGCAGCCCAGGAACCUACCACUUUUAACUACUGAGCGGGCUGUUACUGGACCCUGCCCUAAACUAAGCUACUGAGCUGAUGAAAUCUCCACUUUCCCAACCCCUGUACUGAUACUGAACUGCAGCAGUCACCUAGCUGAGGUGCCUGGAAGAUGUGCUAGAGCGUGAUUUUAUAGCCCCACAUUUCUGAAAUAUUAGCAAUGGGCCGGGACUGGAGGUGGUAUGCAGGAAGGGACAUGUGCUCGAAACAAACAUGCUUGUUUCCACUCACGGACAUUUCUGUACAUGUAUGCACUAUUCAGCUGUACACGAACUGUCUGGAAGAGGUGAAACCUUAGCAAUUGUCAUUUAUGAGAGCAAAUGCAUUCUUCUUGUUGAUCUCAUUCAGAUCAGAUACACUUUUCUGGAAUUUCCCUUACAGUAUUUGAGGAAAUUAUAAUAUGUCAUAUAGAAGAAAACAUUCACAACAAACAGGUAGAGGGUUCAGGUUUAAAAGAUCGUACUUCAUUGGAUUAACAUUGAAUUCAUGCAUCACCAGGUCAUUUUGCACUUGCAAUAGGCCCAAUGCUAAUUAAUAAUUAUACUAACAGCAGGUCAUACUACAACAAUGAGAUAAUUAUAUCUAACACACCGAAGGUCCAUUUCAUUAGGUUCCUCAUAGUGCUGUGAAGUCCUUGUUCUAAGCUAAACCCUACUCACCAGUGAAAUGUGAUGACAAGUGGAGAAAGUAGAAAGUGUCAAGUCUUCAAUAGCCCCCUUUCCUCAUCUCCUUCCCUUAAUUGCCACUGAUGUGAAAUGUCUUAACAAUAGAAGCAAUAUGUUGGAAACUUGUUCAGAGACUACGUGUCUGUGGGAAACAAAUGGAGGAGACAAGGGUAAGAAGGUUAUGUAGCCUAUUGGGAUACAGCUGAUGUGAGCGAAAGUGUGUUUGUGCUGACUGCCAGUGACAGGGGUAUGAGGGUUAGGGGGAGGGAUGGCAGGCACGUGGGAUAAACUGUGAGAGGUUUCCACACAUGUUCUGACAGUCCUACGUGCUUCCUAUUCAUUAUAUUUAACAACAAAAAUACAAUUUACCCAGGUAGUAUAGGCUCCUCUCUGUGACAUACGGUAGCUUAGCAACUGCGUCCCCCUCUAAAAAGCCCUCCCUACCAGGGCACUUUGUCGUUCCUUCCUUUCCUGCCCGCUAUAUCCAAAGUUUUGUACAAAGGUUUUAAAGUUAAUAAUUCCCUUUUUAUUUUAUAAUCUGAAAAUGUGUUUUUAUAAAUAUUAUUUAUUAUACAAUGUGUAUAUAUCUGAACUAAGAUUAUAUAUUUGAAGAACAAAUUACUGUCUCGUGCUUUUGCUUAUUAGCCAGAGGUUCUUUUCUAAUCAUUUCAGUUUGUAAGCAUUGAUUCCUCUACAUUUCCUUACCAAAUCACGUAUAUAGACAUUGCACAUAACACUUUUGAACUCAUUUUUAAAGGGCAAGCUGCGAUGGUGUUCCAAACUGUCAUAGACAGUUAUCCAUGCUUAAUAAAUAGUCCGAUCCUCACUUUAAACUCAAAAUAAUGUCUCAAUCUGCUCUAGAACUCUGUGAAACGUCUGCAAUUUGUCUCGAUCAAGUUCAUUUCUCCCUGAUAAAAUCUAUAGGUGAACGACAAGUGCAUCUGCAUCAUCAAUCAAUAAUAUAUAUAUAUACACACACACAAUUAGAAAAGUACUGUACGAAAUGUUCAUGUGUCCAAUUUUAUUGCGAUAAUACAGCGUUCAAGACUUCAUUACAAAUAGAUUUUGUGAAGAAAAAAAAAAGCACACUGGUCACUGCAAAUAAUG